CUUAAUUGUGAUAUGUCGAGCCAAUAUGAAGCUGUUCCCACAGAAACCGUUUAUGUGAUAGAAGAAAAUUCUGAUAAAGCAGUAAACUCACAGGUUGCUAAAAACAAUGGUCCAAUAUUUGGAAAAAGGCAUCAGCAGGUUCUCAUGCAUGGAUCUCUGUUAUUUCUUACGGCAUGUAUACGAUCGUCCAUGUCAAUUGGUAUCGUCGCCAUGAAUGAUCCAACAGCAAGUAUCAACCCAGAUAUUACUACAUUUGAAUGGAAAAACAAAGGAGCAAUACUUUCCUGUUUCUUCUGGGGAUCUAUAUUACCGGAGUUGGGGUCUGGCUGGCUUGCCAACCGCUAUGGUCCCAAAUGGUUUUUGGUCGGAUCAUCAAUUGUUUGUGCCAUAUUGGAUCUUUUGCUACCAACAGCUGCUUAUUCUUUUGGAUCCGAGGGAGUAAUGGUCUGUAGGGUGCUGCAAGGGUUCGCUCAGGGUAUUAUUCCUGCUUCCUUGCACGGCUUGCUAGGAAAAUGGGUUCCUCCACAUGAAAGAAGUGGAUUGGGAACGCUAGCUGCUGGUGGUGCAACAAUAGGAGCGGUAGUGAUCACGUUCACAAGUGGCUACUUAGCAGCUAGCUGGUAUGGAUGGCCAAUGAUAUUUUAUUUGAAUGGUGGUUUAGGAUUUUUAUGGAGCAUCAUCUUCACCUAUAUGGGCAGCAAUACUCCUGCCGAACAUUCCUCUAUCACACAUGCUGAACAGUUUUACAUAGAGAACAGUUUACCUCUUGAGGACAAAGCUAAGCGAUUAUCGACACCAUGGUUGAAAAUCUUUACUUCCGGUAGUUUUCUGGCCCUUCUACUGGCACAUUGUGGUUACAACUGGGGUUUACAUAUACUGAUGGCAGACAUUCCCAGUUACUUCAAAAAUGUUAUGAAACUCGACAUCAAAUCGAAUGGAGCACUGAGUACACUCCCUCAUAUUGUCAAAUGGAUCAUGUCGUUCCUGUUCAGUGUUAUAUCCGACAUGCUCAUAUCGAAAAGCAUAUGUAGCAUAGGCACUACAAGAAAAGUAAUGCAUACCAUAGGUUCAUUAGCUCCAUGUGUUCUUCUCAUCAUUCUUGGCAACAGUGGACCUGAAGAUGCAUCUAAAGCUGUUAUUUUAUUGAUAGUAACAUUUGGAUUUUUAGGCGCUAAUAUGAGUGGUUACCUGUUCAACCAUCUUGACUUAUCACCAAACCAUGCUGCUGUCUUGAUGGGUAUCACUAGUCAAUUUGGAACCAUUUGCACUGCUAUCGGACUGACGACAGUGCAAUAUAUAGUUCCCGAUGAUGAUGACCCAAAUCAGUGGGGGAUCAUUUUCUACCUCACUUCUGGAAUAUUCAUCACCUCAACGGUUAUUUUCUUUUUCUUUGGAUCCGGAGAGGUACAGCCAUGGAAUUAUGAACGAGUGAGAACUAAGAGCCCAAAAGGGGAUGAGAAUACAUGAUGAUACUCAUAUUAGAAUUUAAUUUUGUGUAAUACCUGAAAUAUUGUGUAUCUAUAUUGGUAUAGCUGUUGCUGUGCUUUCAAAUAUAUUUGAUGAUAUUAAAACAUUAGUUUGGAUGUAA